UUCCCUACAAAAUAACACACCAUACACUCACCAUUGGGAAACACUCUCUUUCUUGUUAUUCACUUUCUCUUUCAUUAGGCUAAAAAAAACACACACACAAGGUGGCCAAAAUGAGCGGUGUCUGUGCUGAGCAGCACAAAUUUUACCCUUCUCACCAACUCCUUUCUCCAAAGAAAGCCCUCAGAGAAAUUGACAUCCCUCCGAGGAAGCUCCUCACUCGCCGUGCCGCCAAAUGCGUCGGUGGCACCGACGUGUACUCUGAGGAAACCAUGCAGCAGAAGUUCCUCCCUUCCAACGAUUCCGACGAGGACGACCCUUACUCGUCGGACCACUUCCGGAUGUUCGAGUUCAAGGUCCGCCAGUGCACCCGCAGCCGGAGCCAUGACUGGACCGACUGCCCUUUUGCACAUCCGGGCGAAAAGGCACGCCGCCGUGACCCACGGCGGUACCACUACUCAGGAACAGUCUGUCCGGAGUAUCGUCGUGGAGGGUGCAGCCGUGAUGAUGCAUGCGAAUACGCUCAUGGCGUGUUCGAAUGUUGGCUGCACCCUUCCAGGUACAGGACAGAGGCCUGUAAGGAUGGCAGGAACUGCAAGAGAAAGGUGUGUUUUUUCGCACACACACCUCGCCAGCUGAGAAUUUUACCGGUAACAUCUUCACCCUCUUCAAAUGACAUGCCAUGCAAGAAGAACCUUAAACAAGUGUUAAACCAUGCUUCAAAAACAAACAACAACAACAACUGUUGCUUGUUUUGCCAUUGUGGUGCUUCUUCUUCAGCCUCUCCAACCUCCACACUCUUCGGCAUGUCGCAUUUCUCGCCACCACUAUCACCUUCCUCGUCCUCUUCACCACCUCCUUCUCCGUUGAAACCCAGAAACGCGGUUUCUCCUAUUUCCCGUUACAGUGCUGUGAAUGUGAACCCUCAUCACGUGGUGAGUUACAAAGACGUGUUCACUGAAUUGGUGAAUUCUUUGGAGCGUUUGAGUUUCAACGAGGGUUCACCUGUUUCCGGUGCAAAAGCACCGAACUUUCCUUGGCUUGAUGUUUCUCUGAACUGUGAGGAACAGCAACAGCAACAACAAAACCCUUUCAUAGUUCCUUCUUUUGGCUGCGAAGAUCAGCAGCAACAGAACCAGUUUAUUUUUUCACCACCGUCCAUUCAGACACCGACAAAUGGGAAGUUCUGUAGCAACAGAUUCAUGGGCAACGACAACAACAACAAGGUUGUCGGUGGUGCUGACGUUAAUGGCCCAGAUCUGGCGUGGGUGAAUGAGUUGCUGAUGUAGAAGAGUGAAGAUCGAUGGUGACAAAAAUUAAUGGUAGUGAUCAAUGACUCAAAAAAGUGUAAAUAACGCAGAGAAACGUAAAAAAGCGUCUCUGGCGUAUCUAUUGUUAUUGUUAAUUACUAUUGUUUAAGGUUUCAUUGCUUUCUGAAUGUUGUUAAGUUUGUGACAAAUUAUGUAAUUUGAAUUUCAUCUCCUUUUAAUGUAUAAGGAUUAAGUUAAUAUUUUGACUUCUUUUAUC